AUGGAUCUCCUGAACGCCACCAUGGCGUCUACCAUAGGUGAUACCUCGAUCGAACCAUCAUCUGUGAAUGGAACUGUGGAGGACUACUGUCACUAUGAGGUUAUGCAACAGCACAUGCUUGUCAUGAGAUUUUGGAUGGUUUCUGUGUUUGGGUCGUCGAUAUCAUUCAUCUCAAUGGUGGAGAAUGUAUUCUUGUUUUUGUUGUUUGUUACCAGCCGACGUCACCGACGAGAAAAUCUCUUCAUGAUGCUCUUGGCAUUUUUCGACAUUUUUGUCUCAAUGGCAUAUAUUAUGCUAAUGUCUGUAAACGUGUUAUCUGAUGUACUCAUGUCUCCACUUCUGGUCAGUAUUUGGUACACAUAUAUGAUUCCGAUUCUUACCAUUUCUCAUAUCGCGAUGACGUCAUCAUCUUUUCUCAUUGUGGCCGCUUCAUUUGAAAGAUACUGUGCAACCCUUAACACUCCAUACUUGAGAUUUGCACAAAGGAAUCGUAAAUUCAUUGCUCUCUGUGCCGUAUUCUUGGGUGUAAUCAGUAAGGGUACAAUUUCAAUUGAAUUCGAGCUUGUCAAUCAUGAACAAUGCGUUGGAAAGAUGAUGGCUACCACCAUGAAGUUCCGUCCAUUCGUUUUCGAUACUCACUAUAACUACUUGUUCCGUUUCUGGUACAGGCACUUUGUCACUGUAUUUGCUCCUUUCUUCAUUCUUCUAUACCUCAAUAUUCGGAUUGUGAGAGCUUUGACAACGUACACUACCGCUACAGUAUGUCUUGUGACAAAUGGAAACAGUGAAGACUUACAGAAGAGAAAGGCAAGUGCAAGAGCAGCUACUCGGACACUGGUUAUGGUUGGAUGCUGUUAUAUAUUCUCCAACAUUAUCAAUGUGAUUCUCACUUCCUUGGAACAAACCAACAAUGAGCUAGGUAUUGAUUAUCCCGACUUAUACAUUGUACUCAUCGACUUGGUCUCCCUACUAACCACCAUGGCUUGUGCCGCCCGUCUUCCUAUUUAUCUCUAUUGCCAGCCAGUGCUUCGUCGAGAGAUUUUCAUGCAUUUCAAGAGAUUAUGUGCACCGUGUAAUCCAUCGACCUCUGAAAAACUCGGCGAGCGAUUGAAAUCCAUGGAGACGGAUACUAGUUUUCUGAGCAAAGGCGAUGUAAAACCUUCCGAAGGUAUUCCCACAACAACAUUCAAUGAAAUGAAACCCCCGAGUUGUCUACACUCUCCAUAUGAAACCCUGCUGUGA